GAAAAUCAAAUCGUCAGUAAAGGAUCAAUCUGUGCCGAGAAAUAUUGGUAAACAUUCUUGAGUGUUGGUAACUAUUGGACAAGCUCUUAGCGACAUUUCGAUUGGAAAAUCGUCGUGUUUAUAAGUCGACACUUUGUGCCUGUCAGUCUGGUAUGAGAGAGAGCCUUGUGUGUUACAGCGACUGGAAAACUCUUACGUACAGAGCGAUAAGGAAGGGAACAGCAUUGCUUUGAGAUAAGGAAUAUACUGUGCAUUGAUCCAAAAGUUAAGCUGUGACGACACAGAAUAUAUAUGAAGGUAUCUGAAGCCCGACCGUCACUGCUAUGAAAACUCGCAGUUGGACACAUUCGUGACUUUAUACCUGAGUAUCCCCGGACAUUAAUACUGUCGUAUACAGUCAUUACAUCGAAUCGCAAUGAAUGUAAGCGUUUCAGGUGUAACUUCCGGUGUGGUGAAUCCUACAGAUGUGAACACGAUGGCGUCCCCGUCUAACGGGGAGGAUGUUUAUCUGGAUUACUAUGGCAACUAUACCUAUGAGUAUGAUUAUAACGAAGCUUUAAACCACCUUCCACUCAACGAGUUUAUACCUACAGUUGUUUUUUAUUCCUUCGUUGGACUUGUUGGUCUCGUUGGUAAUGUCCUCGUCAUCGUCGCCAUUGUUCUGUUUCCACGUAUGCGCAGUAUCACCAAUGUUUUCUUAGUGAAUCUGGCAUCCGCUGACCUUAUCUUCGUUCUCAUCUGCGUUCCGGUCAAGGGCGUGACGUUUUUCUCGUACAGUUGGCGUCUGGGUGCUUUCUUAUGUAGAGCAUACGUUUAUGUCCAAAAUGUGUCCAUGAUUUGUUCCGUGAUGACUCUCACAGUCAUGAGUGUAGAACGAUUUAUGGCUAUCCUAUUCCCGCUGAGAGCUCGCUACCUAUGUACAAUGCGUCACGCCCGGAUCGUCAUCUUCUGUAUCUGGCUCCAGGCCCUCGUCAUGGCUGUCCCUGUCGUGUUUGGUCAGAAACAUAUGAUGGUUGGUUCGACCCGGAAAGCCUACUGGUGCCGAAUAGACUUUGCUCGACCAUGGCACCAUCAGGCUUACGAAUUAUACAUGCUGAUCAUCAUCUUUGUCAUCCCAGUCGGUGUCAUGGCUUUUACGUACACGUGGAUCUGUGUGGAGAUUUGGUACGUCGUGUCCAAGAGGGCAGUCAUGCGCUCAGGCAGUGAAUGCCAAUAUAAAGAAGCGCGAUCUUCUACAUGUACGUCAUAUACCAUGACGUCACAACGAUCUUCAUCUAAUGUAUACCCAGCCCACGGGGACUCGACACGACGUAUAACAGCCAAAAGUACAGACGACACACGCACACGUAAACAGGUGAUCAUCAUGCUGAUCGUGGUCGUGCUGCUGUUUGCAGUUUGCUGGGGCCCGAUCCUCGUCAACAACGUUCUCGUGUCAUUCGGAGUACUGGAUGGAUUUCAUAUUUACUACUUGAAGCCUAUGCGCCUUGCUUUCCAUCUCAUGUCAUAUGCAAACAGUUGUGUGAACCCUAUUGUUUAUGGUUUCAUGUCAAAGAACUUUCGGGAAAGUUUCAAAAAGGCGUUAUCCUCCUGUUGUAAAGGAAAACGAAAGUCUCGUUUAGCCAUUCUCGAUACGACGAGAACUUCCAUUUUGAAAUCUAGCAACGGAAGUGACGACAAAGACAAUGGGUUCACAACUUCAGAAACAGCUUUUCGGUCACCAUCGAAAGGCUCUAUAACAUUGGACGGUAAGCAGAUGGACAGACUAGGAUAAAGUAUUGUAACGGACGACAGACACUCAAGUCAUCGACGACACUUGUUUUGGUGAAGCGUUUACAAGUUAAAAGCUGUGUAAUUAAGGUAGAUAUAUAGAUAUAAAAUAGACGGACGUGCUUAAAAUACUGAACCACGUGAUCAGAUAGAUAGGGAUAUACAUUUGUAUUUUGUUUUUAACUUGAAAAUACUGUCAGAAAGUGUGUUGUGUAUGUCUUGUCCCCAAAAAAUCUAGAUUGCCUAUCUCCAAGCAUAGCUGCCUUUCGAAUUAGCUAAAAAUGCAUUUGCUUUGAAUUUACAUGUAGCUGUAUCGGUUAUGUGGUUUUUCUUUGUAGUUAGUCAUUGGUACUUCCGGCUUUUGGAAUUGAUAGCCGGAAGCGAAGGAAUUUCGCGUUUCUCAUAUGAACAAAAGACCUGGAAAGGGUGUUAUUCGUUUAUAUCCCGAUUCUCGAUUUCGUCACGAGUUAUGUGUGUUUGAUGUGUUUCUUUUAUACAAGAAUACCUUAAACACAACAAUAUCAGGACAAAGGGAAAUGAAAAUAAGAUUCAGAUAUCAUUAAAAAUUGCAAAAUUAAAAAAUAUGGGAGAAGAAAGAAAAACUUUUUCAAGCAAACACACGAGAGAUAAAUGCAUUUACCAAUAUUAAUAUGAUUUUUGACAUGGCUAACUCGUGGAGUAGUCAUUCUGUUCCAUGUUAUCUGCGCACAAGAAUAUUACAUGUACAUAUCUGGAUCGUUUCUAGAUUUACAGUUGACGUCACGGCGUUACCAUGGCGUUGUCAUUGUAUUUAGUUUUCCCUCUAUUUGUGUCUCAAGCCCAACUACGUAUGUCGGUUGAUAAAUAAUAAGCGAUAAUUCUAUUCUAAAUCGCUUUAGGAAAAUGCAUUAUGUAAAUAAUUUUUUAACUAGCUGUUUCAGGAUAUUACAAAUGUCAGCAUCACGUUUAAUUAUUGGAUAUGGAGGUGUUAAUUCAUCAAGAUUGAACAAGUGUCAAAAGAUUUCCUGUAACAGACCUUGAUAUUGGAAGAAAGUGGUGUAUAAUGAAGACAUCACAAAAGACUGAUUACCAUUAUUGUUUUGUUUGUUCCAAAUUUUCAAAUUCUGAAAUAAGAUUGUUUGGUGCUUUAUCAAACAUUUUUGGUAUCUAUCUAGUCCCCAACUGGAUUCUCAUAUUGGGAGAUGUCGAGCUUCCUUUUGAAACAGGUAGUUACAGAGUACAUGCUGUGAAGUCAUUUAUAAAAUCCAGGAAGAGGUUUGAUUCUAAGUCGUGUACAGCUGCUGCAACCAGAACCCCCACUCACCCACAUCCUGCUGUCCCAUCCUUUUACCUCCCUCCCCACUCUUUCUUUUACUUCUUACCUUUUCAUGUUACUAAGUAGUUUGUAUAUAUAUUGAACCUUUUUUGCCAUCACGUUACAUCUUUAGUUAUGUCUUGUGUUGUCAGGGGAGGGCCUAGGACGUUGUCAGAUGUCAGAACUUAUGCCCAAUCUCCUUUGUCUGUGUUUUUUGUUUGUUUGUUUGGGGUUUUUUUAUCAAUAAAAUAUGUUUGAACUGAUAUAGACAAAUAGUAAACAAACGGCACGUUUCUUCGUCAUUUUUAACCUAACUGAGGUUUUGAUUCACGAAUACAUAUUCUUCCCAUGAUAUACCGAUCUAACGUAUAUCGGUCUUUUAAAGUUAAAUUGCGUUUAAAAUGUUUGAUGAUAAUCUCGCCGAUAGUGUCAAUGAAUUAAUACAUAAAGAUUUCUAUGUUAUCGCUAAUAAGAGUGUAGUGAAUCUAUGAGCUUUUCCCAUCCUCAAUACUCCAGGGGUUACCAUCACACCGGCUUGCUGCACCCCUGGAACAUCUCAAGGCAAUAUUGAGGAUAGAAGUGAAGAAAUUUGAUUGGUUCCAGGCGUAUAAAAAACAUGACCACAGCCUGAUACGCUCCAUUUGAAGAUUACAAGCUAUUACGAUAUACCAUCAUGCGAACUAGAAAUCUGUUUGAUGUACGUUAAAGGAUCAUAGUAAUUUGUUCGUCUUGUUAACAAGGUGUCGCUCACGGAACCUUCAAUUUUGCCAUGAAAUGUUCCAGGCGUGAAGAGAGCGAAAGUGAUCGUAACCUCUGAAGUAUCGAGGAUAAGCUUUCAGCUUGCUGAAACUAAAUGUCUUGUUGUUAAACCUACAAAAUGAGUGUACAUGUAUACGCUGUACGCAAUAUUUGGACGUUUUUUCAAAGCCAUCGUAACCACGAAAUUUAAAAAGGUGAAUUUCGUUUUCUGCAAAACAUUUGUUAGCAUUAUUGAAAUAAACAAACUUUAUUGUUUUAAUUGUUAGUGAAUGUAUUCUAAGCCCGUGACUGAAAUGAUGUAUGUGAAUAUAAUUGAGAUUUAAUGCACACGAAAGUCUCUUGAAAAAAAAUGCAUGUCUGUUUUAUCAGAAUUGUAAAGAAAAAGGUAGCGAGGUAUGAAUGGAUCCGUUUUUAUGAAAUAACCUGAUUGUAUGUUUUUUAACAUAUAACGGCAAAUAAAUUUUAGAGGCGUAUUUGGAGUCGUUAAAGGGACCAUAAGUCUGGUUGUAUAUGUCAGAAAGAUAAAGAUUAGAAUGAGGUGUGUCUCUUUUUAUUUUGUCCAAUUGGUUAAAUAUGAAUUUAUGACAAUAGAACAUUGCAAUCGGAUGUCUUUUCCUCGCCGUACCAGGUAACACGUUGUCAUUAUGCAUUAAGUGUGGUAUUUAGAAAUUACUCUAAGAAUUCAUUUACGAAAUAAAAAUCAACAAUGUGUCGAAAACAACUAAUUUUGUUACAACAUUUCUGUGGUGUUCUCAUAUCCUAGAUACAAAAAGGACUGGCGUGUUUAUAUGAAUAUUUGGUUCUGUAUACAAACAGCGUCAAAUUAUACAGAGAUAGUGUAUAUUGUUAUCAAUGUAUACUUACAUUAUCCCAAAAGAUAUUUGGCUGCAGUUUUGUUGUGUAACGAGCUAGAUGAUAAUGAGUGUUUAUAAACAACCUUGCAAUUGCGUAGAAAUUCACCUGUUGACAUUGAUCAAGGUUAUGGGAAUGCCAAAAAGAUUUUUUUCAUAUUUUGAAUUUUUUUCUCAAAAUAACACCAGUUUGAACUAUUUGUAUACAUGUCAAAUUGCCUAGAUAGCUGUACAAAAUAAAACGAGAACUGUUGGUCAGAGCUGUCUGUGAGAUAUCCCAUCACUGAUAACUGUACCGUAAUAUCAUGACUCUGUGAUACGUUUGAACUUUAUGGGUGUGUCCAAAUCACGUGACCAAUUGUCUCGAAAAAGAAAAUAAAGCGGAAUUAUUUGAUAA